AUCCUUUUAUUUAAAUUAAGGAGGAAGCUACCAAAAAAUUGGUUCUACAAUUCAAGCAUGUGACAACAAUAUUGGAAACUGCACUUUCAAAUCUGCCAUAUGAUAAAUUUUGUGUCUCAGACGAAGUACAAGAACAGGUUGAUUUGGUUAGAGCUCAAUUGAGGAGAGCAUCACACAAGUAUGAAUCUAUGUCUAACCCUGCAGAAAAGAAGCUUCAAGCAAGAAGUUCCAUAAAAUGGAUGAUCAAUAAUGAUGUCAGGAGCAUGUCAAGCGUUGAUGAUGGAGAUGAGUCUCAGCAUCGUCCUCGAAACCGCGAUUAUCUGACUAGUCUUGAUUCGGUGAAUUCUUGUUUUGAUGAGUGUUCAAGUGUUGUUCAUUCUGAUAUGGAAGAUGUUGUAGCCAGCAGGAGCCAAGAUGAGGUUAAGAAGCAUCUUGAAACUGAAAUUCCUGAAAACUUCUUAUGCCCCAUUUCCUAUGAGUUGAUGUUGGAUCCUGUCAUCGUCUCGACGGGACAGACAUAUGAAAGAUCCAACAUACAAAAUUGGAUAGACAGAGGAAAUAGAAUAUGUCCAAAAACUCAGGAGCAGCUCCAAGCACUAAUCCUCACUCCAAAUUUUAUAAUGAGAAAACUAAUAUAUGAAUGGUGUGAAGAGCACAAUGUGAAGCUGGAGGAAGGACUAACCAACAAGAAACUUAAGAAGUGUAGAUCAUUUGAAGACGACUGCCGAAGGACUCCUCUGCCGAUCAAUACUCUGGUUCGACACCUCUCAUUUGGGUCAGUUCAAGAGCAAAAGACCGCCGUGACGGAGAUCCGACAGCUAUCGAAAAGCAGCUCAGAUCAUAGAGUUGAAAUAGCAGAAGCAGGAGCAAUCCCACAGCUUGUUAACCUUUUAACUUCAAAAGACGUUAUAACACAAGAAAAUGCAAUUUCUUGCAUUCUUAACCUUUCACUUCAUGAGCAAAACAAGAGACUUAUUAUGCUUUCUGGUGCAGUUUCAUACAUUUCCCAAGUCCUCAAAGUUGGGAGCAUGGAAGGGAGAGAAUGUGCAGCUGCGACGAUUUAUAGUUUGUCGUUAGCCGAUGAGAACAAGGCAGUAAUCGGGGCUUCGGAUGUGAUACCAGACUUAAUAGAAAUUCUCGACAUCGGUAGCCCGAGAGGGCAGAAAGAUGCUGCAGGAGCUCUAUUGAAUUUGUGCAUGUACCAAGGGAACAAGGGCAGGGCUUUGAAAGCUGGGAUUGUCAAACCAUUGUUGAAAAUGCUCUCUGAUUCAAAUGGUUCUUUGGUUGAUGAUGCUCUCUAUAUAAUGUCGAUUCUUUGCGGCCAUCCGGAUGCAAAAGCUACAAUGGGGAAUGCAAAUUCACUGCUUGUUUUGACUGAUGUUUUGAAGACGGGGUCGCCUCGCAGCAAGGAGAAUGCAGCUGCUGUUCUGCUUGCAUUCUGCAAGGGAGAUAGGGAGAAGCUGGAAUGGUUGACAAGGCUCGGCGCGAUUGCACCUUUGAUGAAACUUGGGGAGAACGGCACGGGGAGAGCAAGGCGAAAGGCUGCUACAUUGUUGGACCAACUCGGAAAAUCAUGAACAAGAUCCAAACCAUGUUUUUGACUAUCUACAUCAUAAAAUGUAUAUAUAUUUUUCGUAUUCAAGUCUGAUUUGCUAGUUUGCCUAUUGUUUUAUCUCAAAAUUUCAGUAAGAAAAGUUCGAACUUCAAUUAUAUAAUCUUCUUAUACAGUUAA